UCUCGGGCGGAAGUGACAUAAGGGCGAGGCCGCAGGCCGCGCCUGCGGCGAUCUGCGGUCUGUCUGAUCUGGGUUCCCAGGUUCGGAGUGGCAGCAUGGCUGUCCUCGUCCUCCUGAUCCUUCUUGUGCAGUGCGGGAGCCUGGCUGAGAUGAGCACCGCGGAACCAGAGCCGUCCUCGGUGCCAGUGCCAAGCAAUGUUCGAAUUCAGUCCUAUAACAUGAACCCAGUCCUGUACUGGGACUACCGGAGCAUGCCCCAGGAUGUUGUUUUUGCUGUGGAGGUAAAGCACUACGGGAAUAAAUGGAUUAAUGCCUGCAACAAUACACCUCAUCAUCAUUGCAGUAUUUCCAACGUUAAUAACCCAGAUCUUCCUAUCUGGGCCAAAGUUAAAGCUAGAGUUGGACAAAAAGAAUCUGCCUAUGUAGAAAGCAAGUCCUUUGUCAUAUGUGAACAUGGAAAAGUUGGACCGCCUGAAGUAAAUGUUACACGGGAGGAGAACCAUAUCGCUGUUGAUGUGAUUCACCCUUUAAUGAUAGAAGAGCAGGAAAGUAUGUAUUUUGAAGAUCCUUGUUCUGGAUUUAACUACAAUGUGUACGUGAGAGUGAACAGAAGUGAGACCCAAAAGCACACCCUCAUAGGGGAGGACUGCCUCGACAUUGUAUGCCGUUUAAGAAUUCCAGUGUCCUCACUGAAUACUCAGUACUGUAUUUCAGCAGAAGGACUCUUAGGUCACUGGAAUGUUAAAACUGAAAUGUCAAAAGAAAAUUGUAUUACCAUUCACAGUAGCAGCGUAAAAGAUCCUAUUUGGGUUCCAAUUGUUGUUGCCGUACUACUCUUUCUAGUCGUUAUCCUAGUAGCUGCUGCCUGUCACUUUAAGAAGAACUCAUGUAAGAAGAACAAAAUAAUGCUACCCAAAUCUUUGCUCUCUGUGGUGAAAAGCGCCAAAGAGACAAAACCUGAAUCGAAACACGAGUUACUCACAUCGUCAUACCAGCCGAUCGCCAUGGAAAAUGACAUGGCGGUGUCUGCAGAGGAGGUGUCUCCAGUGACAGUGUCAGGCACAUGCCCCGAAGGCGGCCCCGGCAAGGAGGCGCGCGGAGAAGAGCCUUCCACUGAGACUGCCUCGCUCACCCCUGACCUGGCUUCUGGCAGCUUGGCAGCUCUGACAGAGAAUUCUUUGCAUUCAGCCAGUGACCAGUCAGAAACCAGUGCCGUAUUCUUAAACUCCUAUCAAACCCGAAGUGGGUCCAAGAGCGGCCUCGUGGAUUCAGACAGCUUCUCAGAAGUCCCCUCAACUGAUAAAACCGAAGCAAAGACAGAAAGACAAGAGCCCAUCGUGCCAAGAAACGCCCCCACCUCUUUCGGUUACGAUAAGCCGCACGUGCUUGUGGAUGUGCUUGUGGGGGACGAGGGUGCCAAAGAGUCUUUGGUUGGUUAUAGACUUCCAACAGAUUCCACAGAGUUUUCCUGAGGUGACUGAGACGCCGCCCCUUAGCGAGGACAGUGAUUUUCCUGCUUUGAUUUUGGGAAGAGAUCAUGAACUCAGAAAUGGUGUCUUAGUUGACAUUAACUGACUGGAGUCACAUGGUCUAGACAGAUGUGGAAAGAACCUAUUAAUACUGUCAUGUUGAGUCUGAAAGCUACAGAGAUUUGCUAGUUAAAUGAUAAUUCAAGGACAAAAAACCAAACCUAAGCGCACUAUGGCUUACGCACCUUCCCAUCCAAGACGGUUAUAACCAUGCACGCUCUCCUCCGGCCAGCACUGCGUCCUGUGGGGAGGGGAUACUCACCCCUCCUUGCUGCAGAGAUGUAGUGAGGGUUUUCUGCCUUUCUGUACCUCGAUAGGGCCUUUGUUUUUGUAAGUGUAUUGUACAUAUUUGGUUUUAUUUUUGUUUUUAAACAUUUUUAUUUUGAGACAAGGUCUUGCUGUAUUGCCCAGCAAGCUGACCUUGAACUCCAGAUCUCCUGCCCCGGCCCCCUCAGUGGCUGGGAUUACAGACAUGUGCUGCUGCACCUGCUGUAUAUGAUGCUUGUAGUGCCUCAUUUUGGAGGAAACUCUGAAAGCUGUUCAAAACUGGAUUUAAAACCUAAGUGCAUACUAAUAGUACUAAUGCAGCAUAGAAGGAGAAAUGCGUAGAUUUUUAAAAUGUACUAUUACAUUGUUAUUUUGAAAUAAAGUACUUUAAGAACUUA